AUGGAGAGCGUGCGGGUGGUCCAGGCCAACUUCCUGGUCUACUACCACAACAUGCGCUUCUUCGAUGGCAAGCGCAACUGGUUGCGAGUCAACCCCGUGCCGCCUCUCGACGACAUCGCCAGCGUGCGACACUACAUGGGAGCGGUCCACAGCGUGCAGAGGGGCAUCUUGCAGGUGGGGCUCAAUAUGUUCUUCGUGCUGAGCGGCGCGUCGAACAUCCUGAGCAUGAAGGAGAAGCAGAACCUGUGGCGCGUGGUGGGCGAGCGCUUCUUCAAGCUCAUCGUGGCCUUCUUCUUCGGGUUCCUCAUCAUGGGCCUGCCCGUGUCGCUCAUCAUGCUGCUCUACAAGGAGGGCACCAUCAUCAACGCCUCGGCCGACGCCUGGAAGGAGGUGCUCUUCACCUCGCCCGGCCAGCUCUACUUCCUGCCCUACAUGUUCGCCCUGUGGGUCCUCCACCUGCCGCUCUUCUGCGUCAUGAAGGCCUGCUACGACACCAACUCCCGCUGGCUCUCCUCUUCCACCACCACCACCACCACCACUACCACACCCACUUUUGACACCUCUCAGAGGCUGAACCGACACAGGUCGGCCUGGUCGAUGGCGCUGUUCGUGUGCGGCACGGUGGUGGCCCCGCUGCUGUGGAUGUGGUGCUGGCUGGGCCUGGCCUACGGCACGCUGGUCGGGUUCGUCCUGGGCGCGUCGGCCUUCCUCCUCUCCCACCUCGCCCGGGCCAAGCCCAGCGGCGCCGGCGCGCUGCUGUCGCUGCCCGCGCUGGCGCACCACGCGCAGCUCACGCUGGGCCGGUUCAUGGAGUACUACUUCGACCUCCAGUACGAGUGGAUGAUCCCAAUGAGCACCCUGGCGCCCUCGUUGAUGCUGACGUGGGCCAACCAGUACUUCUCAUCGCUCCUCAUCAACACCGGCAUCGUGCUGGUCUACGUGCUGCCCCUACUCACCGCCGCCUUCCCGCUGCCCACCGCCAUCACCCUCCACUUCUCCUCCCUCACCUCGUGCCACGUCACCUCCACCUACGGCGCCGCCUCGUCGUCUUCGUCGUCGUCAUCGUCGGCCGCCCGCUUCGGCUCUGAUGAUGUGAUCGAUGGACGCAAGGCGCAGAGCCGAGCGGCGUCGCGGCUCGCGCUGUCGAUCAAUCUGCCGCUGGUGAGCCUGUUCUCGAUCGUGGCGGGCCAUGUGCUAAUCAUCAGCGCGCCCGACAUCCUGGGUCCGGACGAGAUUCCCUCGCCCACUUCGUUCUUCGGCGGCCUGGUGUCGCUGAGCCCCGACACGAGCCGCUCGCUGGGCACCUCGUUCUUCACCAGCGUCUCACACUCGGCCUUCUACGUGUUCGGCUUCGCGUGGAUGCUGUUCGAAGACCGUCUGCCCUGCUUCUGGACCGCCUGCUCCAAUCUCAGCCUCGCCUUCUACUUCUUCAUGAACAUCUGCCUGUUGAAGUGGUCGUUCCCGGACCAGGAGGGGUUCGUGUUCGUAGGUCCGGGCUACAUCACCUACAAGCCUCGCCUCCAGCGAUUCUUCUACGUUAAGCUGCAGCAGUUCAUCCGGGACAGCACCUUCGGGCUGUUCAUCAUUCACCCCGUCUUCGAGUACCUCAUGGCGUGCUCCAUGAAUGCGGGCUGGUGGGGCAUGAACGUGUACACCUGGGGCCAGAAAGCUCUGAUACUGAACGUGGUCACGUUUGGGAUGAGCUACCUCACGGUCUACCUCCUGCUCAAGAUCCCCGCCGUGGCCCCCUUCCUCGGGGUCAAGCCGCCACGACGACCCAGCUCCAGCACACUCCCGCGCAGAAGCGAAUCGUACCAUUCACUCUCCUCCCCCACUUCUUGA